UGUAUAUAUUUAUAAUGAGAGAUUUCAUAAUUUAGAAUGCAGUUUAACAAAGAGAGAUUUAUACAUAAUCAUUUGUUACAUGAAAAAUAAAAAUAAAUGAAAACAGAAUAACGGAAUUAAACUACCAAAGCGACAUCACCUAACAAAAUUUUAACAGUUUGGUGAUUUUUAACCAGAGCUAAAUCAUCUGAAGAACGACAAAACGAACAAUGGAUCAAAAUCAAGCCCAACACGAUACAGGUGUCAAUGCAGAAAAAGAAUCUACAAAGGGAAAGAUAUUCAACGAUCCUAUUCAUGGAACCAUAGAAAUGCAUCCGGCAUGUAUAAGUAUCAUAGACACGCCUCAGUUUCAGCGCCUAAGACACAUUAAACAACUAGACACCUGUUACCUGGUUUAUCCAGGUGCCAGUCAUAAUAGGUUUGAGCACUCUAUAGGAGUCAGCUAUCUGGCAGGAAAAUUAUUGAGAUCUAUCCGUCAACACCAGCCAAAUGAACCGAUUACAGAUAGGGAUAUUCUAUGUGUGGAAAUAGCUGGACUCUGUCAUGAUUUGGGCAGAGGACCAUUUUCCUACGUGUUUGAAAAAAUGUUUAUGAAAGAGAAAAGGGCAAAUUAUAAGCAUCGGAAUACAGCAAAGAAAAUGUUUGAAUACAUGUUGUCUGCUGAUGAUUUUGCAUUGAAAAAGAAAAUUCAGGAGGAUAUUGCUAGCUGUAAUACACCAGAAUUCACACAUUUCGAUGAAAAAGAUUUUAUUUUCAUCACAGAAAUGAUUGAUCAACCCAAAGACAUCGUGAGACAGCCUUGGCCACACAAAGGAAGAGAUGAAAGUAAAAGUUACAUGUACGAGAUUGUUGCCAAUAAAAGGAACGGAAUUGAUGUAGACAAGUGGGACUAUCUGGCACGUGAUAGCUACAUGCUGGGAGUCAAAACAAAUUUUGAUUACAAUCGAUGUUUCGCUACUGCACGAGUUCUGGUAAGCAACGGUUUAAACGGAGAUGACGAAACUGGAGACAAUGAAAGUCGUGAAGGUAGCAACGCGUCACAAAGAGGUGAAGUUUUACCCAUUGUACCAAGAAAACAGAUAUGUUACAGGGAAAAGGAAGCACAGGGUCUGUACGAUAUGUUUUACACAAAGAUGGUGUUGACAAGACAAGCAUACCAACAUAAAACACAUACAGUCAUAAGAACGAUGAUACUCGAUGUUUUGAAAAAGGCAGACGAAAGUAUUAAAUUUAAUGGCAAAAGAAUUUCAGAAACAGUUGAUGAUCCUGAAGCAUUUACACAACUGACGGACGAUAUAAUUUUGCUCAUUUUAUAUCCACCAACUGGCUUUGUAAUGAGGAGUCCAUACCAGACUGAGUGGGCUGAUGAACAUGGUGUUGUAGCCAGGGUGGAAGAAAUUCGUGCAGAAGAGAGGAUUAAAAAAGAUCUGCAAGAAGCAAAGAAAGUUAUGACUGAUAUACUGAAAAGAAAGCUAUAUAAAUUUGUUGGCCAAACUCAGAUAAAGAGAGGAAAGGUGGAUGAAAAAGAUUUCAAGGAACAACUCCUGACUAUAAUGACUCAGCACAGGAAUGAACCUGUUGAAGUUGAUCUAUUUCACUGCUAUUUUAUGAAUCUACAUUACGGAGAAAACAGCAAGGACCCAUUGAGAAAAAUUCGCUUCUAUGGAAAGGCAGACAUAAAUCAUGCUAUUUCGUUAGAAAAAAAUCAGGUAUCAUUUGUCCUUCCUGCAACGUUUGCGGAGCAAAUUAUUCGCAUUUACAGCAAAGUCCCAGACACUGAUCCUCGGUUCAAGCAAAUUGGACAAGCGUUUACCAAGUGGUGUAGGGAUAACAACUGUCCAGAACCCAAGUAUUCAUAUGAACAGAGUAGAGAUGAAGUCAAUCAACAAGAUCAAGUUUUAUAUGAGCGACCGCAAGAGUAAACAAUUAACUAGAUAACCCACAGUGAGGCCUCGAGUCUAGCUUUUCUACAGAUCUAUCCCUUAAUUGUUACAUUUUUUAUUUGUCAUUAAAUUUAUAUUUGAUGGAGAGAUACGAGUGGAGAUAGGUACAAACGGAAUUAGGUAUGCCAAGUUCCAAUUCCUGUUAUAAGACGAGUGUGAAAGUGUUCUGGACUGACACACUUGACUUGACUUUACUCAUUUCUGACGAUCUUGCAUGUUCAGGUUUCUAGAUACCAACCUGGCAGAUACUUUUGACUAAAUAAAUACAUUUUCAUCGAUUAAAGUGUAAAUACUUCCAUUAGAUAAACCGCAUUCUUUAGCAAGUUAGGCAACUUUGAUUCGACAAUUAUUAAGCACAAGUUUUUUUUCAACACGGCCGAUCAUCUCCUGGCUUAUGUCAUCAGCAGGGCGACCUGGUCUCGAGUCAUCUUCUAAGAAGUCUCGCUCACAUUUAAUCUCUGCUGACCACUUUGCCACUGUAUAAUACUUUCAAAAUUGGUCUAGUUUCACCAUACAUAUUAUUUAAAAGGCCUCUUGAAAAAAUAUUUAAAAAGGUACUGAUAUUAAUGAACUUUUAGAGAAAAACAACUGAGUGGAAACGUAUUUCAAAGCACUUGGACAGUUUUUAUUUAUUUAUUUUUUACAAGAUUCCAUGUUUAUCAUUGAAAUAUACCAAAAAUGUUGCUAAAUGUACGUUAUCUUUAUGUCAUUGUUAAUAAUCAAUUAUUAUUAUCAUUCUUAUCUCCCUGCAAAAUGAAAUGAUUGUAUAUAAUAUAUAUGAUUAGAGUACUCAAAUAUGAAAACAGACUUGUAUGUAUAUAUUCUUUGAAAUAAAAUCUAGUCUUAGAUCCUAAACGGACUUGAGAUAUUGCCUGACAUUUGUGAAAUAGGGCUCUGUAGUGACACGUCUACUUCAGAAUGUAUCAAAAUAACGUUAUGUAUUUCAUUUUAAAUAGUAAACCGAAUACAAUGUGUGUUAUAUUACUGCAUUUUUGUAAACGACGAUUUUCAUUGCAUAACCGUGACGUUUAUAUGAACUUUAUACACUGCUUCUGUCAAUUUAUGAAGAAACUUGUU